ACAUGACUGAUCUGAACCGGCAACUGCAGGAGUACCUGUCAAAGUCGCGAAGCGGGCGGAAUGGGGAUGGGGGCGACAGCGAGCCGCUCCUCACUCCAGACCCCGAUACCCCAGCACCUGUUGGGGCCAUGUCCAGCUGGGUGAGCCAGAUGAACCCGUUCUCCUCCGGACAGAGCAACAAGACAGCGUCGAGCCAGGGCUCCGGUCCCUCCUCUGGGGGUUUUUGGUCAACGGAUCCGGACCCCUGCCUGUCUGUCCUGUCCCGCCGCCAGAGGCUGACAGCUUUCGGUCUGUGCCUGGCCAUGGGGCUGCUGUGCUUCAGCCUGUCGGCCGUCUACGCUCCCUUCAUGCUGCUGAAGGCUCGCAAGUUCGCCUUGCUCUUCACCCUGGGCAGCCUCUUCGUGCUGGCCAGCCUGGCCCUGCUGCGUGGACCCUGGAACCAACUCCGCCGGCUUCUCUCCCGUGACCAGCUGCCCUUCACCGCCGCCUACCUGGGCUCCCUCUUCGCCACCUUGUACAGCGCCCUGGCGCUGCAGAGCACGUCCCUGACCGCUGUGGCUGCCACCUUCCAGCUCCUCACCCUCGCCAGCUACCUGGUCAGCUCUGUCCCUGGGGGCGCGGCCGGUCUUCGGUUCAUUGGCGGCCUCUUCUCCUCGGCCUUCAAGCGCACCGUCAGCAAGAGCCUGCCCGUGUGAGAAAGAGACUGGGUGGUGGUUGGGGAUGGAGGAGGGAGAGAAAAUGGCUUGGCGUAAAAGACAGCCGUUCCCCUUAGGAAGUGUCAGCCAUGGCUGUGGACUGCACUCUCACUCACUCACUCUCUCUCUCUCUCUCUCUCUCGUCUUCAAGUCAGUAGGUCGUGAGUUCGAGUCCCACUCCAGAGGCCCGAGCACGAAAUCUUAUGCCGAUGCUCCCUGUGCGUUACUGAGGGACUGUUUCACUGUUAGAGGUGAACUAUUUCAAAUGAGAUAUUAAACCGAGGACACCUUCACCCGCCCUCUUGGGUGGCCAACGCUUCAAGGAAGAGCUGGGGAGCUCUGCCUGGGUUCCAGGGGCCAACAUUUCUCCCUUAAUCAUCAUGAAAGAAAGCUGAUUGCCCGGUCAUUGUCAUAUUCCUGUGGGGGGGGUUUUUUGGGGGAUCUUGGCUGCUGCAUUUCUUAUCUUACAACAGUGACUAUGCUUGUGGAAAAAAAAAAUGCACUUUGAGACAAUUGGCAGUCGUGAAAGGCGAUAUAUAAAUGCAAGUCUUCCUUUCCCUGGCUUGGAGAGAGAAUGGGAAUGAUGGCUGCCAGCCAGGAGCAGAUUGUGACAUCCGAUGAACAUGGCCUCAAGUGGUGAAUGGAGGUACCGCCUGGCAGCAGGAUGCAUAAAUGAUCGUGACAAACAAUCGGCUGAAUUUUAACUGCGCAGCAUUGAGAUUCCACCUCCACCGCCGCCACCCCCCCCCCCCCACCACCCCUCCUGCCGGCUCCCAUUCCAGCUCCCUCUAUUUGAAUAGAGUCGAAUUCCAACUGAAACUUCAAACCAAAGGCUGAACUGACUGAGAAGCGGCAGUGACUGGGUUGAAUGAAGGGGCUGACGCUGGGUUGUAGACCGUCUGCUUCCCUGCUCCUGGAGGUGUUUGAUUGUCUGGGUGUGGUAUGUACAGGUACAUCAGGAAGGCUCCAGCAGAGGAACGUGCUUGUUAACCCUGCCCUAAUGAUCCUGCUCUUACUGCACCCAAACAAUCCAGGGAGCCUGGGGGACAGGACACCUGGCCUCCAAUAAACUGUGAUGGUGAUGGAUGAAAUGUACACAAUGUGUCCACUUAAAUGGUAAUAAAUUGCAUAGAAGCUGUGUCACUUCAAACAAA